AUGUCAAUUCCAGGGCUAGGUUCUGAAGCUACCUUUGAAGACAAUCUAAAGUCGGUACUGAUACUACAGGGUUCUGAAUGGAGGAUUGAAGUCCCAUUCAAACAAAUCCUCAAAUUCAAAGUGACUGAAGGUAUUUUAGAAAUCAAUGGUACUGAAUUACCAAACAAUGUUGAACUACAGCUAACAGGAACAAAAUGCAGUAUUUAUUCACCAAAACAAGAAUCAAAGAUUGAGUAUCACUUGGUGCAGAACCAUGAUAUGUCAAUGUACGAAGAUGACGAAUUUACAGAGUACACAAGUAGCGAAACAAAUAUGGACUCGGUAUUGAAUUUACACAUGUAUAUUGAGUCCAAGAGGCAAGUUGCAGCUGAUCAUAACGUAUCCAAUGAAGAGCCAAUUUUAGGUCCACGAGUUAUGAUCUUGGGAGGUAAACAGCUGGGUAGGACGACACUUGCAAAGACGUUAGUGUCUUAUGCAGUGAAAAUGAAUCAAUGUCCAAUUCUUGUCAAUUUAAACCCGCAAGAUGGUGUAUUUGCAUUACCGGGAUCUAUAUCUGCAACAGCUAUCAAUGAUUCAUUAGAUGUUGAAAGUUGUAAUGGAUAUGGACUCACGACAACAACUACAGGGGGUAAUGCAUUAUCAAAACAGCCAAUUGUGAAAAACUACGGCUUUACUGGGAUAAAUGAGAAUCUAGAGCUAUACAAAUAUCAGAUAUCACAACUUGGAAUUACGGUGAUAUCACGAUUAGAGCAAGAUGCGACAUGCAGAGACAGUGGGGUUAUUGUCGACACUCCACCACUCGGUAUAAAGGACUUUGCUGUAAUUGAAUCUAUAAUCAGUGAUUUCAGAGUUGAUUUAAUUGUUGUCUUAGGUAAUGAAAAAUUAACCAUUGAUUUGAAAAAGAAAUUGCUGCAUAAAUCAAAUUUGCAAAUUGUCAAGAUCAACAAACUGCCAGGAGUUGUUGAAGUAAGUGACAAGUUUAUCCGAAUGAGUCAAGAAACAACAAUCAGAGAAUAUUUCAAUGGAAAUUACAAGACUAGACUAUCACCGUUCAAAACGGAUAUCGAUGCAACUGGUCUACAAAUUUACAAAGGUGUCAAAGAUUCCGUAUCUCUAUCAUUUUUACCUGCUGGUGAUGAUUUCGAACACGAUGAUAAAGAUAAUGAUUUGAGCAAGUAUUAUCUGGCUAUAGAUCCUAGUUCAUCCAAUGUCGAUAACUCCAUAAUAGCAGUAACACAUCUACAACUGUCAACACCUGGUAAAGGUGUACUAAACUCUUCCAUUCUAGGCUACAUACAUGUAUCCAAAUUUGAUGACGAAAAAAAGAAACUAAAAGUAUUGCUCCCGUUCCCUGGGGUGUUUCCUAGAAAUGUAAUGAUUUCUACCGAUAUAGGAUAUAAUGAAUAG